UAUUGAUAUAACUCUGCCGGAGCUGAUAAUUCCGACCCGUCGACCUUGAACGUGAACGCACCAUUAAAGUGCGGGUCACCUGACGCCACAGCGUCGCUUUCCCAUUGGUCCGUGCCACCUGUCAAUCACAAACUCACCACGUGGUCGAUAAUAACAUGGGUGGGCUCGAGGGGGCGGUGGUGGACUGUCAGCGGUUAUUUUGGGGAAGUCACGCAUGAUAAUUCAUCCCGCAACCGGUUUAAACGUUAAAGUCGAGUCAAAGCGUGAGCGUGAACGCAGCACGGAGCUCUCGGACCGGGUGACCUUUGGCUGUCGUCGCCGUGUCGGUGUGAGCAAACCCGGGGAGGAGGAGGAGCGGGGCAGACGGUAGUUAGCUUAGCCACCAGGAAGCAGCAGCCCGCUCCAGCAGCUUCUCUGACGGGGACCAGCGCGCAGCUCAGGUCGGUCAUGGCUGCGCUCGGAAACUCGGGGGCCGUCUCCAGCCCCAUGGUGAUCCUGGCGCCGAAGACCAAGACGAAAAAGAAACACUUCGUCCAGCAGAAGGUGAAGGUGUUCCGGGCGAGCGACCCGGUCCUGAGCGUCUUCAUGUGGGGCGUCAAUCACUCGAUCAAUGAUCUGAACCAGGUGCCUGUUCCCGUCAUGCUGCUGCCUGACGACUUCAAAGCCAACACCAAGAUCAAAGUCAACAACCACCUCUUCAACAAAGAAAAUCUUCCGGGACAUUUCAAGUUCAAAGAAUAUUGUCCUCAGGUCUUCCGGAAUCUAAGGGAACGCUUCGGCAUCGAGGAUCUGGACUAUCAGGUUUCAUUGACCCGCAGCCCCCCGAUGAGGAGCGUCGACGAUCAGGGAGAAGGUCUCCUCCUCAACUCCUACGACCGCACGCUGGUCAUCAAGCAGAUCUCCAGUGAGGACGUCGCAGAUAUGCACAACAUCCUGUCUGAAUAUCACCAGCACAUAGUGAAGUGUCACGGCAGCACCCUGCUGCCACAGUUCCUGGGUAUGUACCGGGUGAGCGUGGACAACGAGGAGACCUACCUGAUCGUCAUGAGGAACAUGUUCAGCCACAGACUGGUGGUGCACAGGAAGUACGACCUGAAGGGCUCUCUGGUGGCUCGUGAAGCGAGUGACAAAGAAAGGGGAAAAGAGCUUCCUACCUUCAAGGACAUGGACUUCAGGAACAACAUGCAGAAGGUGUACGUGACAGAGGACCAGAAGGAGAAGUUCAUGGAGAAAGUCAACAGAGACGUCGAGUUUCUGGUGCGGCUGAAGAUCAUGGACUACAGCCUCCUGCUCGGUAUCCACGACGUGGGUCGAGCCGAACGGGAGGAAGAGGAGGGCGAGGAGGUUUCCAACGAGGAGGAACCGGAGGCGGAGAACGGCCUGGCAGCCGGCGCCACAGUCGGCUCUUACGGCACGUCUCCGGAGGGCAUCGCCGGUUACAUGUCCGCCUGCAAACCUCUGGGACCCGGAGAGUUCGACCCCUACGUGGACGUGUACGCAGUCGGGAGCUGCGCAGGAGCUCCUCAGAGGGAGGUCUACUUCAUGGGCCUGAUCGAUGUCCUCACUCAGUACGACACGAAGAAGAAAGCCGCUCACGCAGCGAAAACUGUCAAACACGGGGCUGGCGCUGAAAUCUCCACGGUCCACCCCGAGCAGUACGCCAAAAGGUUUCGCGACUUCAUCUCCAACAUUUUUGCGUAACACUACGAAACACUGCCAACGAGUCGAUCCAACCGAGAGCUGACAGUCUAUUUUACCAUUGACCAAAAAUAGUAUGCACCCGCAGAUCAUCGUUUUAAACGCGAUCUGAGGCGAGACUACUUAAUGUUGUAGCAAUAUAUAAUGUACUACUUCUGAUGCAUAUAUUUAUUUUUAAGAUUUAAGGAGCAUUUCUUCUAGAUAUUAAGCACUCUUAACAGAAUAACUCUGAGCGGGAGGGUACAUGGAAACUGUUGAUCAGUGUUUGAAGUGUUUGACCACAUCAGUGCAAGAUCAAAUAUUCUUUUCUGUCUUUAUUCCUUUAUUAUUUCACGUUGGUCUGGUUCUCGGGCUUGAACUAAACUUAAAGGAAGAGUUUUGAAAAUCCGGGCGUUGAUUUGCUUCUUUUCCAAGAGUUAGACGAGAAGAUGGAUUCCACUCUGAAGUUUUGACCUCGAGUAGCUCGAUUUCUCUGUUUCUAUUCUUUUUCUUACGAGUGGGUCCAGCCAGAGUUUAUUUUGUCCGUUCUGAGCUCCUGUAGAAACACGGACGACCUGCAGUGUCUGAAAGUCUUCCAAGGUAACAAAAACAAAACGGUUCUUAAUUUCAGGUGAUUAAACACUAAUAAAACUGUAAUCAUGCAUAUCAUUCUGUAAACGGAGCCCCCUAAAUCUGAAACACUGGACCUUUUU